CUGGGCUGUCAGGCCUCCAAUUACGUCUGGUUGAAAAUGGACCUCAAAACUGAGACCAAGAAGAUGACCUCUUACCUCCCAGACAACCACUCUUCUGAGACCCAGAAACUGACCCCACCCAGAGGAUCAGGCUGCAGCUGGCUGGUGGUGCUCGCCGCGGCAUCGGCCUCUCUGAGUGGCCUGAUGCUGGGCUAUGAAAUGGGCCUGACCUCCGGCGUGCUGCUGCAGCUGCGGGGCGUGCUCACCCUCUCCUGCCGGGAACAGGAGCUGCUGGUCAGCUCCCACCUGCUGGGCGCGCUCCUGGUCUGCCUGGCCGGCGGUCCCGUCCUUGACCGCUACGGCCGGCGCUGCUCUCUGCUGUUGAGCGCGGGGCUGGUGGUGGGCGGGACCCUCGUGCUCAUCGCCGUCGCCUCGCUGGCUGCCCUCACGAUGGGCCGCCUGGUGGUCGGCAUGGGGACGGCCCUGUCGGGGACGGCGGCUUGCCUGUACAUCGCGGAGAUCUCGCCGCGGGAGAGGCGGGGCCUGCUGGUGACGCUGUACGAGCUGAUGCUGGUGGUGGGGGUCAUGCUGGGGUUCGGCUGCAGCUACGCCUUCGCCACCGUGCCUCGCGGCUGGGCGUACACCUUCGGCCUCGUGAUCCCCCCGGCGCUGCUGCAGAUCGGCGCUCUCCUCUUCCUCCCGCCCAGCCCGCGCUUCCUGGUCGCCCGGGGCAAAGUGGAGCGGGCCAGGGCGGUGCUGGCCCGCAUGCGGGGGGGCGUGGCGGAGAGCGUGGCGCAGGAGCUGCGGGACAUCCAGGCCGGCCUGAAGGAGGAGUCGGAGCACAGCUUCUGGGAGCUCUUCAGCGCCAAGGCCAACCUGCGCCGGCGGCUGCUGACCGGCGUGGCGCUGGUCUUCCUGCAGCAGGCCACGGGCCAGCCCAACAUCCUGUCCUACGCCUCGCCCCUGCUGCGCAGCGUGGGCUUCCGCAGCGACGCCGCCGCCACCCUGGCCUCCACGGGUUUCGGAGUGGUCAAAGUGGUGGGCACCAUCCCCGCCGUGUUGCUGGUCGACCGCGUGGGGCCCAAGAGCUUUUUGUGCGUGGGCGCCGUGGCGAUGGGGAUGUCGCUGGCGGCCCUGGGCACGCUGACCCUCCAGAGCCACACUCAGCUCACCAGCCUGUGCAAGAGCCGGACCGCCCCGAACCACACGCACGUGCCGUGGGACUCGAACCGGACCUCCGUGGACUUAGACACCGCCGACGUGUUCCCCACUCAGCCCCCCGGCCAAUGGGACACCGAGGAGCCACACAGAGCCCCAACAGAAGGUGACAGGCCGGAGAGACCGGGACGGGGGGGCGCUCAUACGGAAGUGUCCUCCUCGCUGAAGUGGGCGUCGUUGAUCAGUCUGCUGGUGUUUGUGGCAGCCUUCUCCAUUAGCCUCGGGCCAAUGGUCUACGUGGUUCUCAGCGAGAUCUUUCCAAUGGGAGUAAGAGGCAAGGCCGUGUCCGUGGUGUCGGCUGUCAACUGGGCCACAAACCUGCUCAUCUCCAUGACAUUCCUGACCAUCACAGAAAAGAUUGGUGUUCCCAAUGUAAUGUUCCUUUACUCCGCCAUGAGCUUUGUUCUGCUGGUGUUCGUCAUCCUCUGCAUCCCUGAGACCAAAGGCCGCACCCUGGAGGAGAUAUCGAAAGAGCUGGCUAAGAAGAAGAACUUUAAGGUGAAACUUUUCAGACCCGCUCAGCCUCAAGACAGCCUGAUCAGCAAGAGCACAGCCACAGAGAAGCCAGCCAGCAUCUGA